AUGGUUCGACUAACACUAGCUUCUGUGUCUAAGCACCUAACUGAAGAUGUUAUUGAUAAAGUAUUUAAGUUGAAGACAAAUAGUGAGGACAGUGUCCAAAAUAUUGAAGUAAUGAGAGCAGCGCCUGCGGGAGAGGGCUUGAUCAGUGCCGUGUACCGUAUCCAAGUCAUCGGGAAGAAUCAUACAGCCCAGUUCAUCGCAAAAGGUUUGGUGAACGAUCCUCUUAUGAGGAAGUCUCUUGAGUGCCACACUUACUUUAAGAGAGAGGCUUUGUUUUUCUCAACCAUUUUACCUAUUUUAUGCGAGACUCAAAAAGCAUCUGGUGCAAAAGAGAGGAUCCAGAACAACCUUCCUAAAUGUUUCGGGUGUCAUCUCGACGGUAAAGACGAUUACAUUUUGAUAGAAGACUUAUCUGAGAUUGAAUGCAUCUCUUUGCCUGACAACGCUACAGUUGACGAGAGGAAUAUGGUCCUUAAGUGCUUGGCUCAUUUACAUGCGGUGUCUUUUGCUCUGCGACUUAAAAAGCCUGAUACCUUUGCGAAGCUUGCGAAUAGAUUGAAUGAAGUGUUUUACAACGAUAACAAUAAGAGCUGGUAUGCAAGUUAUCUCCAGGAUGCCAUUGAUAUUGACAGAAAAGUUAUUGCGGAAUUUGAAGAUCCAGACAGUAUUUAUUACAAAAGAUUCAACGCCUUGUUCAAUGACGAUAUUUACGGACAGUUAAUGCGCAUCGUGAACAGCCGUGGUGAUCAUCCCGUGUUUAACCAUGGAGACGCUUGGUGUCCCAACUUUCUGUGCAACAAAGAAAAAGCUGUUGCUAUUGAUUUUCAAUUAUUGAGAUGUACGUCUCCCGCGGCCGACUUGUCCUAUUUCAUACUGAUAUGCAGCCGCCAGUGUCGCAGCAAGGAAGAAUUCAUAGAAGCUGUCGACGUUUACUACAAGGCCAUGGAGUACUACUUGACUGACAUGGGAAUAGAUGCCAGCAAGGCUUUUCCAUAUGAAACGUUGCAAGAAGAAUUAAAGAAGUAUGGUUCUUAUGGCAUACUGGCUUCAUUAACUUCUUUUCCUCUGUUGGCUAAUGAACGUUGUGAUACACACCAAUCCUUCGAGAUCAAAGACUGUAAGUUCGACCGCAUACCACUGGUGGAGCUGUGGCCGUUGACUCCAAUUAAACAUGAACAACACAAGAUGCGACUCGUGCACGCUGUUCGUGUUGCUGUAGAUGUUGGUUUGAUCUGA